UGGACACCUAACAUUUCCAUGCCUGUUUCUGAUUAGAUAUUGUAUUGGUACUUGUGCCUUUAUGAGGAAUAGGGGACUUAAUAAUACAAUGCUCUCAGAAUAUUGCCUAGAAUAUAGGAAACCCCAAAGGGAAGUAGCUACUGUUAUUAUGCUAGCUCUUCCUCCUUCUCCCUCAGACAUUUCUUGCUAAUAUAACAAAUGAAAGUGGUAGCUAGAAAUUCUAAUUUACACCCUCUUGAUUAUCUGUGAGCUGUUUCUCCCCCUUCUUCUCCCUCUCUUUCCACCUCCCACCUCAUGUGUGUGUGCGUGUGUGUGUGUGCACACACGCGUGCACGCGCUCGUGUGUAUUGACUGAAUAUACUUCUGUCAUGAUGCUUGUGGUGGUUUGAUUAUGCUUGGCUCAGGGAGUGGCACUAAUAAGAAGUGUGACCUUGUCGAAGGAAGUGUGUCACUGUGGGGUUGGGCCUUGAGACUCUUCUGGCCAUGUGGGAGACAGUCUUUUCCUGUUUGCCUUCAGAACAAGAUGUAGAGAAAUAGCUCGAUGGUUAAGAGCACUUGUUGCUCUUGCAGAGAAUCCGGGUUUGGUCCCAGAACCCAGCUUGCAACCAUCUUUAUCUUCAGUUCCAGGGGAUUCUAUACCCUCUCUGGCCCCCAGCACCAAGCCUGCCUGCACACCACCAUGCUUCCUGCCAUGAUGAUAAUGGACUGAACCUCGGAACCAGUCAGAGCUGAUCAGGAAGCAUUCGGAAGCCAAACCAUGGAUCCACCUGCCCGGAAAGAAAAAUCCAAAGUUAAAGAACCUGCCUUCAGAGUGGAGAAGGCUAAACAGAAAUCUGCCCAGCAGGAGCUGAAGCAAAGACAAAGAGCAGAGAUCUAUGCUCUCAACAGAGUCAUGACGGAGCUGGAGCAGCAGCAGUUUGAUGAGUUCUGUAAGCAGAUGCAGCCCCCCGGGGAGUGAGCCAGCCUGCAUCCCAGUCAGAGGGACUGGGCCUUUGUCUGUGAGCUCAUUCCCACUGUUUCGCCGCUGCCGCCGAGCUGGCCCAUUGGAGCCUUACAGAACUGAUCAGGACUUGUGGAGACCUCUGCACUGAAUUUCCUAUAGGUAACUUCCACCUCACUGGUUUUUACUCUCAAAACUGGCCCAGUGCUUGCUGGGUAGACUUUUCAUCUAGGACAGUGGAUUUUUUCAAAAAGAUCUUUUUUCUAUUGUUUGAGAAAAAUCAUUGUUUCUUGUGAAACUGUGUUUCUUCCCUAAAAAUAAUAAAAUACAAAAAUGUU